UCUUUGUUGAUGUUUUAUGAAAUGCGGUUUUUAUUUUUAUCGUUUCUCAUAUUUUGACUAAUGAUUAUUAUUAAACCUUUAAUUUGCUUAUACAAAUUAUAAAAAUGUCUUUGAAAGAAGUUUUUAAGCCCAAAAGUGUUAAAAUAUCGAAAACAUUCAUAGACGCUGAUGGAAGAGAAAAACAGAUUGAAACUAGAGAAGACGAAGAACAAUCAUUGAAGUUGCAAGAAAUAAUGGAUUUAUUAAUUGCUGCCGGGUAUUUUCGAGCAAGAAUUAAAGGGUUGGCUCCAUUUGAUAAAAUUGUUGGUGGUCUGACUUGGUGUAUCGAUAAUUGUACUGUAGACUUGGAUGUAGAUCUGCAUUUUGACGAAUCUUUAGUCAUUGGCCAAAAAAUCGCACUCACUGAAAAAAUUGUUUCUGUUUUACCCAAAAUGAAGUGUCCUUAUCAAAUAGAACCACAUCAGAUACAAGGACUAGACUGUAUACAUAUUUUUCCUGUUGUUCAAUGGUUGGUGAAGAGAUCAAUUGAAAAAAGAAAAGAAAGAGGCGAGUUUUUGAUGCACUACGCUGCAGAUCAGUUUGAUAAGUUGGUUAAUUAUCAGAAUGUUGACGAUAAUGAACCCAGCCACAAAAAACGAUGCUCUCAUCUUGAAAAAUGUUUAAUAGGCACAAGAAAAACAAAUAAGUCUUUUAAAAAAGAGGAACAAAGAAUAAUGGAGUAUGAAGAAGACUCCUCUGAAUCUGAGGAAACUGAAGGCUGGUUUAUUUUAAAACCUUUUGAUCCAAAAGAUUUUUCUGAAACUGCUAUAAUGACGGAUGAAGAAAAAAUAGAAAAAUUAAAGGAAGAACUACAAAAACUCUCAGAUGAGUUGAGACAAUCCGAAAGUGCAACAAAACAAGUCGAAGCUGAAAUAGAGCAAUUGUCUAUGGGUAAUUUUAAUAUGGAAGAAGACAAAAAACAAAAGUUUGAGGAUGUGAAAGUCUUAAUUACUGAAUACGAGCGUUUGAAAGAGUCUGAAGACACAUUCCAAAAACAAUGUAAUACUGAAAUAGAAUUGUAUCAGCAAGAAAUCAAGGAUCUUAAACAGCUUUUAGAAGAACCAGAAGAAGAUGACUCCGAAUUGAAAGAAGAGUUGGAUAAAAUAAAAAACAUGGUGGAAGUAGCUCGAACAAAAUUAGGCAAGAAAGCUAGAGCAGUAGGAUUGAUGAAACGUAAACUCGAUCAAAUACCAGAUAGAGCCGAAUUAACUCAGUAUCAGAGGCGGUUUGUUGAAUUGUCAAAUGAAGUGUCUGCAAGGCAUCGAGAAACAAAAAGACAUUAUGAUCUAUAUAAUACCCUAAGCGAUGUUCAAAUGUAUUUGAAUAAAGAACUAUCACUAUUGAGUUCAAUUUUGGAUGCCUAUCCUGAAGCAGUGAAGUCUCCAGAAGGAAAGGAACAGUUUUUAAGACAGUUAGAAAAUAUUGAUAUUGGCGUAAAACAAACCCUCGAUAAAGUGGAGAGUAAACGUAAUAAAGAACAGAGUGUUAAAAGUAACUUGAACAAUCAGCUGUCUUCUUGUGUAUCAGCACACCGUCAAUACUUGGCGUCAGUUAAACAACUUGAAAACGAAAUUCAAAAGAAUCUGCAGCUUCAAGAGCAAAUAGAUGCUUUAGAAAUAAAAGACUAACAGUACAACUCACAUUUUUGUUGAAAUAAAAAUUCUCAUUGUUAUAUUUUAUAAACACAAGUAUAAGUAUAUAAUUUGUAUAAUAUAUUAUACUAUAAUAUUUAAUAAUAUGUUAAACGUUAUAAAUGCUCAAAAAAUCUUAUAGAUAAAC